ACAGGGACAUUCUCCCUAGACAUCCAAAGGGUUGACCUGCAGAGUUCCUUUCUCUUGACAAGUUUUAUAAGAAGUGGCAGACAUAGGAACUCUGAGGUUACCAGUCUCCCACAGACUUUACAAUGGGGCAUCUGCCUUUAUUGAGAUGGAUUCUUUUCUUGCUAGUGGCUGCAAACAUAGAGGCUCAACAGAAGCCCCCUAUAAAUAUCAGAGCAAAAUGCUUGGGGAAUAUUAUGCGUGUGGAUGUUGGGCCACUUGGAGGAAGCCUUUUGGAUGUUGGUGUUAUCAUUAAUAACACGGCAAUUGUUGUUACACCAAGUAUUGCAGCGCAGUGUGGCUUCAGUAUGAAGAGUGACUCAUUUGGGAAUGCCUUAAUUUAUAUCUCCCUCCAAAACUGUUUUGCACAAAAUGUGGAUGAUGAACUGUUCACAACUGCACUACAACUUCGCAUUCAAGGGAAUCAGUUUUCUCAAGAAGAGGUGUAUCAGGUGGCUGAAACCUGCCAGUAUGAUGUCUGGGCCUCCAGAGAAGUCAUCUGUGACUAUAACUACAUGGAAGUGUCAAUAAAACGUGCAACUCAGGAUGACUUUCCUCUGCCUGAACAUCCUAUCCACGGCUCAAAGCCUUCAAACCCUCGUCAUGCUGCAGAGAAACGGUCUAUGGAUGCAGGAUUCAAAGCUACAACCGUUGUGUUUUUCACACCGGAGGGAGAGAAACCUAUGAGUUUGCUUGCAGCACAGCAAUGUGGAUAUGGCAUUGGAAAUACUCCUACAAGGCUGGUUUUGAGAAGUCCAAUGAUUGCACCAGAAACUUUUAUGCAGACAGUAGUAGGGGUUCCCAUGAAAAUUUUCAAAACGUCAACAAUCUUUGAAAAGAAGUGGCUUGCAACACAAAUUGAUGCUGUAGCUGCUUGUCCAAUCCAGGAGGGUAGUGUCUUCUUCACUCAAAGCACAAUCACCUGGUACCUGCCCUGGCAGAUGGACCCAAUGACUUCUUCUGGACAGUUUAAUCUGUUGGAGGUGCACUUCGGCAUAAAUGGCCAAAGGCUUGACGCUGUGGAGAUGCAGGCCAAAGGAUACUCUGUAGCACUCAAUGACUUCUACAUUGUCACUGAACUUCCCAUUGGGGGUGUUGGUGGCUACUACAAGAGCCACACUCAAGGUGAUCUGUACUACGUCUCUUACAUGAUUGAGCCAAUGCUUGAGCUGCUUUGGACCGAAGGUGCCACUCGUGAACAAACGAGAUACAAAGUCUUUUUUCAUAUCACAACACAUCUGCUACCACGACCCUUAGAACUUAUUGACAAUACAGUUCCAGGGGAGAAGAUGUUCAGGAUGACGCUUGGACAUUUUGCUGCUGAUGUGGCUCUAAUGAACAUUACCUUCCCUGCUGAAGUUCUAACAAUGCCAGACUGCAGUGCCCGAGGCUUUAACAUCUUGGAGCACAUGUCUCCUAACACCAGCUUGAAGGUCUUUACCCUCCAAGUGCCCUUUGCAGACCCUGCAGUCUUGCAACAGACUGGAGAGGGAGUGACAGUCUAUUCCCUUCACCUGACUUUUGGUCUGCUGAUCCUGGAUGAGCUUGUUGCAUUCUCUCACAAAGCCUACUUGGAAGCUGUCGUCCAGGAUAUUGUCCCGCCUUUUGUCUCUGGCGGCUGUGACAACUAUAACUUCUAUAUCCUUGUAAAAUAUGGAAGCCCGGGCUACAACUUUCAGACAAUGGUGGGGAAGCGCUACAUGACCCCCAGUUUGGCUCAGCAUUAUGACUAUAUGGAGAACGGGACACACUUCAGUUUUGUUGUGCCAUUUUCAGCUCUUGAUGUUGCAGUGGAGGCCAUUGAACCUUCUUCCACUAGAAGCAGGCUUGAUAUAGUUUUGAGUAAUCCAGAGACUAAUUUUCAAAUUCAAGAAUUAUCUGUAGCUUGCAAUUUUCCUUCAACACUUACAACAUGCUUUCCAAAUGGCACAAUGACUGCUCUGGCUUUAAAACUGGAAUCAGUGCCCUUGCUGAACCCCAGCCAUCUCACCCUUGCGGAUCCUUCCUGUGGCCCUGUCCACAGUGAUGACCGUUCUGCUUUCUUUGUCUUCACAGUGAAUUCAUGUGGUACAACAAGGAAGUUCAUGACAAAUGCCAUGCUCUACGAAAAUGAGAUCUCACUGCCAGAUGAACUUCUAAUGAAAAAGAGUCCAACAUCAGAGGAACCAGAGUAUCAUUUAAAGAUUUCCUGUUUCUACGACAUCAACACAAGCCAGACUGUGGCCUUUAACACAAGACCUCGCAGGAGUGAACCUUAUGCUGAAAACGCUAAAGGCCAGUUGCAAGUUGUAAUGAGGCUUGCUUUGGAUGACUCCUACAGCGCAUUUCAAAACUUUGAAGAGUAUCCCUUAGCAAAAUAUCAACAACAGCCACUGUGCUUUGAGGUGGAGCUGCUGAAAUCUACUAACCCUCUGGUUUCACUUGAGUUGGAAAACUGCUGGGCAACACAAGGCAAAGACAGAACAUCCCAACCCAGAUGGGAUCUGAUAAUUAAUGGCUGUCCAAACCCAGCUGACACUUACCAGGUAGUCUUUCAUCCUGUUUGGACUGAUGCCAGGGUUAGGUAUCCCUCCCACUUCAAACGGUUUGAGAUCCAGAAGUUUGCCUUUGCUGAUGGCAAAGAUGACAUGAGUACCAAGCUUUUUGUGCAUUGUGAUAUUGUGAUCUGUGACUCCAAAAAUCCCCUUGGUGGCAUUUGUGGAGGCCAAUGUUCAAACCCAAAGCAGACAACAAAAGGUCAAAAACGUGAUGUUUCACAUGUCUAUGGCUUUGAAUAUACGUCUCUUGGCCCAAUACAAUUGAAUCUUUAAAAAUAAACACUUUUGAAAUUAAAA